AUGUUUUAUGCUGCUCUAUUACGUUUUAUUCGAAGGCCGCUGGUUCUUGGUAUCAUCUUUGCAUCCUCUCUAACUUACUGUAUAGUGAGUUUCCUCAAAGAGGGUACUAACAAAAGUAUGAUAUAUCAAGAUGUUUCAAUGCAACAUAAACCAUUUGUGUGGAGAACACUACAAGAACACAACGAAACAGUUGACAUUGAGUGUAGAAACUCAGUUCAAGGAAGAGCACUAAUUGUUGAUGAUAGAGGUUAUGUUUGUGAAAGGACAGGUAUUGGAAAGAAUGGCUGUUGUAUUAUCGAAGCAGAGGACACAAGUCGGUACAGCUGUCAAUCUUGCAAUGAAGACCACUGUUGUAUUAUAUAUGAGUAUUGUGUUUCAUGCUGCCUGGACCCAAAACAGAGAAAUAUGCUCCAAGUUGUGCUGUCAAAACUAACCGUUGAAGAGCAUGUUUUAGUUCAUUCCCUUGCGGAUGACUAUGAGCUUUGUCUCACUAAAUGCAGGACCAGUUCUCACAGUGUCCUUCACGAGAAUUCAUAUAAGGAUCCCGGGCAUAAACAUUGCUUUGGUAGUACCCCUGCAGAAACAAAAAUGGAAUCAUAG